CGGUGAGGGUGUGUGUAGUUUCAGUUUGUCAAAAGGAAUCAUUUUAGUUCUAUCUAUGAGUGGAGAAAGAAUAUGUCAAGUUUGAAAAUAGUGAUUGGUGUGCAGUAGUAGUUGAGAUGGCUCGUGUGCUGUGACUACCAGCCUUGGGUCUGCUGCUCCGAUAUGUUGGACUCACGGUCCGUCACCGCUGACAGACAUCUGGUCAAGUCCAACGGCGUGCGGCCCCCUCCCCACCAUAUGGCAGCGAUGCGCUCUCACAGCAAAACUGGCCAAGACGAUGUGUGCUACGUGGUCGCCAAGUACGACUACGCGGCGCAGGGAGCUCAGGAGCUGGACUUGCGCAAAAACGAACGCUACCUGCUACUCGACGAUUCCAAGCACUGGUGGCGAGUUCAGAACGCUCGCAAUCAGGCCGGCUACGUACCCAGCAACUAUGUCAAAAAGGAGAAACCAUCGUUGUUUGACAGUAUUAAGAAAAAAGUGAAAAAGGGCGGUGGGGGAUCGAAGACCCUCCCCUCCAGCAGUUCCCCACGAGCCAUUGAGAGUCCGACGAUGGCCAGGCGGCUCCCUGCCGAUCCUUCUGAGGCCAUCGGCACUGCUGUAGUCAAGUACAACUAUCAGGCGCAGCAGGCGGACGAGCUCUCCCUCAUCAAAGGCACCCGCAUCCUCAUCCUGGAGAAGAGCAAUGACGGGUGGUGGAGGGGACAGAGCGGGUCACAGGCAGGCUGGUUCCCCAGCAACUACACGCAGGAGGAGGCGGACAUUGACGACACGCUGCACACGUACGCGAUGGCUGAAAACGUACUAGACAUCGUGGUGGCGCUCUACUCCUUCACUUCCACCAACGACCAGGAGCUUUCCUUCGAGAAGGGCGACCGGCUAGAGAUACUGGACCGACCGCCUACAGACCCCGAGUGGUACAAGGCCCGCAACGGGCAGGGCCAGGUCGGUCUGGUGCCGAGGAACUAUCUGCAGGAACUGAGUGAGUAUUUGACACAGCCGUUGAGAGACCGAGUGGCUGGCGGGAGGUGUGAGCGAGGGGACUCGCUGGAGCGGCGGAACAACGUGCAGGACCGGCCCCACCUGGUGGGCAAGGCAUGGUACUACGGCGCAAUCACGCGAGCGCAGUGCGACAAUCUGCUCAACCAGCAAGGACACGACGGCGACUUCCUCAUACGAGACAGUGAGACCAAUAUGGGUGACUAUUCAGUCUCGCUAAAGGCGCCUGGCAGAAACAAACACUUCCGUGUGCACGUGGAAGGUGCGCUGUACUGCAUCGGCCAGCGCAAGUUCCACACCCUAGAUCAGCUGGUGGACCACUACCAACGUGCCCCCAUCUACACCAACAAGCAGGGCGAGAAACUCUACCUGGUGCGCCCGCUGCCUCGGCCCGCCAACAGUUGCUAAUCUCUCAGUUCCGUUACCAAAGCGAGGACUCGACAGCCUCACCAGUAGUCUUUAGUUUUUUAUCGCUUGAAGCGCAGCAUUUUAGUGUGAUUUAUUUAUAUUUUAUCCGAUGCUGUGAACAGAGAUACUCGAUUCGUACAACGACGUUCAGUUUUAUUUUUGUUUCGUGACGACGGUUGCCGUUUUACAUGACAGCUCAAAAGUUUUUGAAGGGCGUUUUGUAACUUUUUUAUUUUUAAGUUGUUUCGGAGAGAGUUCUGUGUCUCCUAGUCUACGGCUAAUACUCGAGAGAUGGACGGCCUUUCCAGGUUGUGAUGUGAUAUCUGUACUGGUCCACGAUAGAUUUUUAUAACAUGGAAAUUGAUUGCUGUUUUUCCAAUUUUUGUAUCGGUCCUAAGAUCGCGGCAUGCCGGUUUGUAAUGUAUUUUGUAUUUAAGAAUAUAUAUAUUUUGUAGCAUUGUUACAAUUGAAGUGUAUAUGUGUUGUAUGAGUGUGCACCAUAUUUUUUUUAUUAAGUGUUUUAGUUUAACGCGAACGUCCAAAGCCUCCACUACAUUUACUAAAGCUUGUUGCAUUUCGUUUAACACCAGUAGUGUUCUUUUCUUUUUUCCACGCAUUUAUUCACAGUGUUAAUCUUCGCUUGUCAGUUUGAGUUAACACCAAGCGGACGUGAUUCUCAUUUGAGGCAAUAGUUUGCAAUCACUGUUUACGCAGCAGAUUUAUUUCUACAAUUAUUAUAACAAACAAGACAUCACAUAUUUAUUUUUAUCAUAAUGUUGUUAUUUGAAUCUCGAACUAAAGUCUGGACAGUAGAACUAGCCUAGUAUAAAAGUAAAUUAAUGUUGUCAACUUUAUUAUGAUCUAAUUAUAUGUAAGGUGACACUAAAACAAUAUUAGUGUUUGCUAACGCA